CUCAGACAAGGACCAGAUGUUCUACGGAGGAGACCAGGCAAACACUUUGAAAUGUCGGCUCCACAUGCUUUGUGGUCAAGCUAUCCCCGUGAUUGGUGGGACUGCGUGAGCGCGGAUUUCCCAUUCUGGGGCAAUCGAGGCUAUGCAAGCACGAAUGUGCACUUUUGUUGGUGCAGCAACGAUGUUGGCAGCGGCACGAAGUCAUGUGGGAGAAGAGCUUCGCGCAUCGCCUGGUGGGCUGUCGAUGGUGCUCUUGCCGAUUAUAAGAACUCGCUGCCUGGCCAAGGAUGAGAAGCGUCACUUGAAGAGCUGGAGCCUCUGGAGCACUGUGUCCGAAGCGCAGUUCCACAGUAAAGGCUAGCAAAACAUACCUACAGCCCUCUGCUCUCAGCCAAAAGCAACACAGCCACAACGACCAACGCCUGAUACCGGAGAGGACGCAAUGACAAGCCCUCGUGUGUAUCCCUUCCACAAGGACGAGCGCGGGACAUGGAUUAUCACAGCCAACCCCCGCCGCAGAACAACAAGAAUGAGGGCCCCGCAUCCAUCAGCGCUGGCACCGGUGCGCACCUGGACGACAGCCACAACAUCUUCAUGACCAUCGUCACCCACCCCGCCGCAACCGCCCACCACACCCGCGCCGGCGGUCGCACCAGCGGGCCCAAGAGCAUGACCAUCUACGCCGGCGCCGCGCCCGCCGCUUCUCUCCCCGUCCCCUUACCCGGACCCGCGGGUCGCAGCGGAACUCAUACUACACCAACACCACCGCCCAGUGACGUCAUCGGAGGUGGCAGCACCAUCGGAGCAACAACAACAAGCGACAGCAGAGCAAACAGGACCAGCCAGAACGACCGCGGGGCCAGCACGGCAUCCAACAUCAUCGGCACGGUGAAAUGCCACGAGACCCUGUCGCUGCGGUCCGACGUCGUGCUCAACAGCCACAAGUACGCGAUGGACCGGCAGUUCGUCUCGGCCACGGGCCUGGGAGGGAAGCUCGAUUGGAGGUCUGACGUGCAGGCGGCUUCUGCUAGUUUUGCGCGUGCUGGUGGUACGGCGGUGGUCAAGGAGGAGGGAUAUGGUGAUAAGGGCGGCCGAGAGGUGGGUGCGGGAGGCGGUGGGUUGAGGAACGUCUUGUGUUUGUAUACUGUGAAGCAGGACGGGGAGCUCGAUCGGAGUAAGGUGCUCUGUCGUGUACUCAGGAAAGAGAUUGCCGGGGUAGCUGCCGGCGACGGCGGCGGCGGCGGUGGCCAUGGUAGUAAUGCCAGCGACGACCAGGAAUUGAGUGACGAGAAGCAGGGCGGCGGGGCGAAUAAGGAGCAGAAACCGCAGAAGAUCCUUGGCCAGCAUACCUGGAAGUUCACCGAUGGGCAGUUCGAGAUAAACGAGGUGCAAGGUGCCACCAUGGACGAGGGGCAGGUCCAGGAGGUCCUCGCGUCGGCGGUCAUUGAGAUCGAGAGGCGCGCGCGGAUGCACUCCUCGGGCGGAGGGACGACGAUUGGGAGGCUGGGCACCGCGGUGCUGCUCAGUCUCACUGCCUGAUGGAGCUUGGUAGACAAUCUCGUUUGUCCACGGGACUGGUUGGUAGGAGUUUUACAAUUGUUUUGUCGUGAUCGGGAGGUCGACAUGUGUUCGCCAUAGUAGGCACAGGCUACCCGGUUCGGGUCUUCACUGCAGGCGGCA